AUGUCUCUAUUCAUACCUGCUGAUGGCAUUCUCAAGACUCAUCUAACUUGGGACGAACUUCAAAAGAGCGUCUUCAAAGCCUUCGGAGAACAAGCGAAAUUUGGACCGAACAAAGACGGUGUUAUGUCAAGGAUAUGUUUGAUAUCACCUGAUUGGCAGACUGAGCCCAAGGACGUGCCGAAGAAAUUCAUAGUGAAGAUUUCUUCGCAACUAUCAAUCAUGGAAAACAAAGCGAUCAUGGAUCACAGUGAAGUAUUCAGUGAAGAGCUUAUCAAACAUCUUGAAAAUCAAGUGAAACGGAACCAUAACGCGGAAGUUCGCUUUUAUGAACUGAUGAAGAAGUACAAUGUCGAAGGCAUUGCUCUACCUAAGGUACGAAAAUAA